AAUCAGUACAACAUUUCUCAUAGCUUUGAAAGACAAGCAGGCGAGAAAGGAACAGAAGAACUGAAGACAGGUUCAUCACAAAGACUCGCAUCUACAUUACAGAAUGCCUGGGAGAGGAGGGAGAUUUCUCUCGGUGGCCAUCAUAGCUUUGUCUCUUAUAUCAGCUAUGGCUGAUGUUGGCUCUCCAGAAAUGUCAAAGUUCUGCAACAGACCAGGAUUCCCAGGAAUUCCAGGGAUCCCAGGGCCGCCUGGUCCAGUUGGAGCAAGAGGACCCCCUGGCUUUCCAGGCCUAUCAGGCUUUCCGGGGGCUCCAGGAGACAUCGCAAAGUGUUCUUCACCCAAACCUGCCUUUGCAGUGAAGUUCAGAGAUCUCCUCCCAGGCCCCUCCCAGCCCAUCAUCUUCAAGGAAGCACUGCUUAACCAUCAGGACCACUUCAACCUCACCACCGGAGUGUUCACCUGCACCAACCCUGGCGUGUAUCACUUUGGCCUUGACAUUGACUUGUUUCGGCAAGUUGUAAAGUUAGGGCUCAUGAAAAACGGUGUUGAAGUCCUUGAGAAGGAAGCCAGGGCUGAGGACCACAAUAGGCAUGUUUCUGGAAGUGUCAUCCUGAAGCUGUUAAUGGGAGACAGGAUCUGGUUGGAAUCCAAGCUAGACACUACAGAUACUGAGAAAGGAUUGGUUCAAAGUGUGUUCUAUGGGCAUUUGCUCUAUGAAAAUGAGGAGGAGUAAGAGCACGCUUAGAUGGCUCCAGUAGAUCGAAAUUUCAGAACAACCCUCCACCCCAUCUUUUCCCCUAAGUCCAGUGAAUGGCUACCAUUUGGAAGAGCCCGAUUUACCAAUGUGAAUGUACUCCUAAAAGCAGUAAAGAUGCAUAAUCCAUCAACUGGUCAACCAUUUCUUAUUGAAAGUCAUCAAAUUUCCAGUAUUCUACUAUAAAGGGACUUCAAAAACGUUUGUGCAAAAGUGUGAUUAAAAGACGUUUGUUUUUGUUCAAAAAAGCUUUGAAAUUCACACAUGAGUUUUUCAUAAUAUGUAGUUCCAGAAAUUUUGAAGUCCUCUUGUGUAUCUUAGAAACUAUGGAGAGAUAAUACGCCAAGAAAUCACAUCUGAGUGCAAAUCCCACAUAAGAACAUGAAGCCACAUCAUUUCUUUGAUAGAUCAUGGCUAAAACUUUUCUGAAGAGUAAAAAAAAAAAGCCUCUUGAUAAUAAUCUUCAACAAUGUCUUAUUUCAAAUUUAGGUUAUAGUUAGAAAAGCAAAUAUCCCUUGGAGAAACUUUGCUUAAAGUCAUACUAAGUUUCGAAUACAUGUGUUCAAAUGCAUAUUUUUGCACUGGGUGCAUAAUGUCUAUUUGAGCACAGUCUGAACAGGAAGAAGAACAUGGUUUCUGGGAACACUUGCUGUUGCUUAAUCCUCAUCAGAGCUCCUCCUCUCUGGGUCCCAGACUUUGACCUCAUUCUUCCAUCUGGAGCAAAUCCAUUCCAUCUGUCUGCACCCACAACCAGCUUCUUCCUGAGAGCCAUCAUGUACCCACAAGCCCACCCACAGCCUAGUUUAAUAAAACUUCGCCUCUUUUGUAACUCACAGAAAAGAUGCUUCCAAGCCUACCUGUUGGCCUGAUGUAUGCAGUUUCAAUGCCUCCUGUCUACCACUGUACAGGUGACAGUGACCAUCUUACCGAGAUCUGCUUGUCAGAGCAUGCCCUACCCAGACUUGAAAUGGCCACUGAAGUGUGUGCUGAGUGGAGAACUUAGAUCUAUCCAGUGAGACAAAACAGAGCUUGAAACAGUUUUUUCUUUUAAAAUAUGUCAGGAGGACAGAUAGAAGUUGAACACAUCUUAAAGUAGAAAGGGAAACAUCAGAACUUUUUAAUUUGACUGAGGUAGAAAAUGAGGAGGAAGAGUGUGGUCUACGAGCAAUUGAAUUGCUUGGUGAAGCUCAAUCAUUUUUACCUGCAGAAUCAAGUCCAUUUGUCCAUUAAACAAUUCAAUGAAUGUCUGGUUCUUUUGGGACCAAAACACCAAUCUAUUUAAUAUUAUUGGUAAAAUUCCUACUUUUUUACUUGUAUUAGUUCAAUAUAAAAUCUAAAUACAAUGGGAUAACUUCAAGAUUUACACUCUGUAAUUUAGAAUAACUACUAGAAAAAAUAAUCAAAGAAAGAGAGCUGGAAACAUUAUAAUAGCUUUUAAAUGGAGUCAUGAAAUAUAUGAAACAAAACAGGUCAAGAAAGAUGGAACAGAGGAACAUAUAAUAAAUGAAAAAGAAAAAAAAGCUAGCAAAAUGGCAGACCUAAAUAAAUAUGUAGAAAUAAUUACAUUAAACGUAAGUAAAGCAAGUACUUAAAAGAAGGUAUAUCAAGUUGGAUAUAAGAAAGAAAACACCAAAUAUCAGCUGCCUAGGAGAGAUACAUUGUAAACACAGGAACACAAAUAGUUUGAAAGUCAAGGAAUAGAUAAAAUAUAACAGGCAAGUAGUAGACACAACAAUAUGGUUUCAAAAUUAACUUCAAAUAAAACACAAUCAAAUUUUACCAGAAUCAAAGAUACAAAUUUUACUAGAUACAAAGCAUGGCCCAGCCGUGGUUGCUGUGGGCAUUUGGGGAUUGAACCAAUGUGUGGAAGAUCUCUCACUCUCGCUCUUUGUCUUUGACUCUUUGCUUUUCAAUUAAAAAAAAGCUCUGAUUGUGCGCA